AUGAAGGCAAUUUUGGGAGCACAAGAUGUGUGGGAAGUUGUUUCCAAAGGUUAUGAUGAGCCAGAAGUUGAGGCAACUUUGUCUCAAGCCGAAAAAGAUGUUUUACAAGCCAUGAGAAAGAAGGACCAAAAGGCGGUUAUGACCAUCCAUCAAUAUUAUUUUUUGAGGGUACUGGCUAUUGUAAAUCAAUUAAGGAGAUAUGGCGAAACCACUAUGACUGAUACAAGGGUCGUUGAAAAGAUCCUUCGGUCGUUGGAUUCCAAAUUCAACUACAUUGUUGUAGCCAUUGAAGAGUCAAAGGAUUUGGAUUCCAUGACUGUUGAUCAACUCAUGGGUGAAAGGAGUGAUCAAGAAAAUGUGUGGUAUCUUGACACUGGUGCUAGCAACCAUAUGUGUGGUAGCAAAGAGAAGUUCGUUGAUAUUGAUGAAUCAAUAAAUGGCAAGGUGACAUUUGGAGACUUAUCACAAAUUCCGGUAAGAGGGAAAGGAUUUGAAGAGGCGGCACACGACAAAAAAUGGAGAAAUGCUAUGGAUGAAGAAAUUAAAUCCAUAGAGAAGAAUGACACAUGGGAGCUUGCUACACUUCCAAAAGAGCAAAAGGCAAUUGGUGUCAAAUGGGUGUAUAAAGCAAAGAAGAAUGCAAAUGGUGAAGUUGAAAAAUAUAAAGCAAGAUUGGUCGCCAAGGGGUACAACCAAAAACCUGGAAUUGACUAUGAUGAGGUAUUUCCACCCGUAACUCAUUUGGAAAUAAUUAGAUUGUUAAUUUCUUUGGCAGCCUAA